GCGUUGCUAGUCUUGAACGAUCGGUCGAAACCACUUUUCACAAAAUUGGGUGACGGUCUUUUGGCUACGUUGACGGAAUAUGGCGUUCACAUUCGCGGCCUUUUGUUAUAUGUUGGCGUUGCUACUUACAGCAGCUCUCAUUUUCUUCGCCAUUUGGCACAUUAUAGCAUUUGAUGAACUGAAGACAGACUACAAGAAUCCAAUAGAUCAAUGUAAUACGUUGAAUCCGCUGGUUCUCCCAGAGUACCUCAUCCACGUCUUCUUCUGUAUAAUGUUCCUCUGUGCAGCUGAAUGGCUCACCCUGGGGCUGAAUAUGCCUUUGCUGGCAUACCAUGUCUGGAGAUACAUGAGUCGACCAGUGAUGAGUGGUCCAGGGCUUUAUGAUCCAACUACAAUAAUGAAUGCUGAUAUCCUUGCCUACUGCCAGAAAGAAGGCUGGUGCAAACUUGCUUUCUAUCUGCUGUCUUUUUUCUAUUAUCUCUAUGGGAUGAUCUAUGUACUUGUGAGCUCCUAAGUAGAAGUGUCUGCUGCCAGAAGGGGAGAAGGACGACAGAAAUGCAUGCAGGACACAAACUUGUUUUAUUUAUUUGGGGGGAACAAAGGCAUCUUAUCAUGCAAUCCCAUAUGAUGUUCAGUACUUAAUAAAUUUUAACCUUUUCAAGGAACACUUUGUGCCAAUUAUCCACUGUUUUGCAUAACAAAUAAUGCAGCUACGCAUUUUGUAUGUAAUUGGAAAUUGAAUACAUUCAUCUGUUUCUUAAAUGUUUCACUUUCCACUUCUCCAGUGGAAUUGGCAGUACUGCUCUCACCCCCAAAUUUAAGUCGAAUUAUGAGAGGUAGAGUUUAAUUAAAACAUUUCCAGAAUGAUAUAAACUUAUGCAAGAUCAACCCCUUAUGCUUGUCUUUUUUUUUUUCUUUAAAAGUGUUUUUUUUUUUUUUUUUUUUUUUGAGUAUCAGCUUCUCUUGUAUUUGCUGUUGAAUAACGUUAUUGUUUAAUAUGAGCAUCUAGGUUUGAACAAUGUCGUAUCUAUAACACAGCCUUUGAGAAUUGGGCAAAAAUGCAGUGGUCUGCCUCAUGCUUAAUGUAGAUAAAUUGUAUUUAUUUAAUAUGAUUAAAUCUGUGACAUUUAAAAAUGGAAUUAUAGGUUGAAAUUUCAAUAAACUCUACCCCGAAUUUGGUUACUUCAUUAUAGUUCACGUAACACUAGGGUGUACAGCAAAAUAAAUAUGAUGGCGUGAACAUGGCCUGUAUGCAAGUUAAAAAAAAAAAAAAAGCUGUGGUGUUCUGCAUUUAGGUCUUUUCUAACUUGCUGUAUAUAAUUUAAAUAUUAAUUCUGGGUGGCCUGAGUGGUAAAGAGCCUGUGAUAGGAACAAAUCAUAACAUUCAACUUGACAUGGGACUAUAAUAGCCCUUUUCCACCAAUGCAGUGCUGAUGCCGAGUAGGUAUCUGGUUCCACACUUUUUCACUGCUGAUUUAUGUGAUGACAUACCCAGAAAACUGGUUCCAACCCAACUCCACUGAUACACCAUUCUGAAACUGGCAACCCAUGAUAGCAUCUGAGGAGGGACUACAAUGCACUGUAAACUUGUACUAUUUAUGAGUGUGUAUCUGUGAAUAAUAUUUUUGCAAACUGCAGCCUGGUUCUUCCCUGUUUCUCAUUAAUGAAGGGCUUCUUCUGCUUUAUGGGACUUCAAUUCUGCUUCUAGGAGGCUAAUAUGAAAUGUCCUAGCGGUGUACUUCACAGCUGCACUUAAUUCCCAUUUCUUUUGAAGGGCCCUUGAGGUCGUCCACCGAUCUAUGAGGUGCUGUUGGAUAAGUUAACGGUCACCUCUGGCAUUAGAAUGUCGCUUCUGCCCCGUUACUUGGCUGAUUUUUGGUCAUUCCCAGUGUCUUGUGCUUCACCUUAUUCUUGUGUACUGCUGUCCUAGACAUUUUGAAUCUGGAUGCAACCUCCUGCUCAGAGUAGGCUUCUGCCUGCAGAACUACCAUUAAACCAGGAUUUAAAAAUGCAGGUUUGUUUAAAAACAUAGACUGGUUUCUUAAUUUUUUCUUUAAUUUUUUGAUUGUAUGUAGUCAAAUGACUCUGAAACUGAAUUUUUGGUUAACUGUGUCCAGUUGAAUCCAGGGAGUACUGUGCCCCAGACAAUGGAUGGUGCGCAUUUUUUGUAGAAUUGCAAAAAUUCAGCAAGUGUUGUAAAUAUUAAUUAGAAAUGCUUUAAAAUGUAGCUAGUUAAUGAAGAAAUGCUUUGACUAACUUAAGUCCUAGAGCUUAAAUUAGCAUUAACCUCAACAUUCUCAAUCAAAAUAUAUUUAACAAGCUCAAAAAUGU